UGUAGGGCCUGCUUAGGUGACAAGUUUCCUCUCAGUAGCAACAUGAAGACGAUCUUCGUAUUGAUUGGCGUGGCAUCUCUGGCUGUCUUGUGCCAGGCUGAUGGUGGACACGGUGGUGGGUACGGGCACGGUGGCCAUGGCGGUGGAUACGGGCACGGUGGCCAUGGCAGUGGAUACGGGCACGGAGGACACGGCGGUGGGUACGGACAUGGAGGCGGCCACGGGCACGGAGGUGGAUAUGGAGUAGGCGGCAUCUCGAACAGCAACUUCAACCUGGCAGGUCCUAAGGGUGGAUACGGCCAUGGAGGAGGUCACGGAGGUGGAUACGGCCAUGGAGGAGGUCACGGAGGUGGAUAUGGUCAUGGUGGCGGCCAUGGAGGAGGAUACGGCCAUGGAGGUGGCCAUGGGGGCUACGGACAUUAAUGGCCCCAACAUCAGAGUUGUUUAUAUGACACAGAUGUCCAUGCUCUAGGAUUAAUUAGACAUGAAGAGCUAUUACCUUAAGUAUCUUUACAUCUCAUGUAACAUGUUCGUGGUAGUCAUUGAAUGUAUAUAAUAUAAAUUGACGUA